UAUGACAUUUGAAUUAAACAUGAUGAAGGAUUAAGAAAAGAGAGUAGAUUUACAUUUCUUGCCAACUUUAAGUCGCGUAAUCACAGACAACUGGAAAAGUCACUAAAAGAUAAUUGGUCCAAUUUUUGGAAAACCUGUACAUAAGUUUUAGCUGCCCAGCCAUUUUCUGAACAUCUCAUGGAUCCAUCAGAGUCCAGGGAAGCAUUCGUUUAGUUUGAUUACAGUGUAAUGUUGAACAUGUGUGGGUUUGUGUGGAAGGUGCUGGCAGAUUGUCUGGAGUAACUGCAGUGGUUCAGCUAAUAGGAAAAGAAGGAGUGUCUAUGACAAGCCAAUACACACGCAUGCCAUUCUCCUGGAUCAGAGCGGCUCAUUCCAGACAUGUCUCUCCAAAAUUACCAGAAUUGCACUCUCCGUUCCUCAAUUCCAAAACUUGCCCGCUUUACACCCUCUUGAAUUAGAUGAAAGCAAUCAAUCGAUCUUAUCUCCGAGGGAAAUCGUUUCCCGGCGUCUGGCAAAACGGUACCAGCACAAGCUCUUGAUGUCAGUGUAGAUGUCUUGAGUUCCUGUGAAAAGUGAUGAGCGUCUGGGAGUGUGGGUUGCUGAUAUUUGAGCCUGAGAAUCGGGUGGAGGAGUUCAGAGAGUGACUGCAGACAAAGGUAUAGAGUGGCACUAGAGUCGUCGCCGCAGAACAGCUUUGUGGAGAUGGUGUCAGGAGGACUACAAUGAGAAGUAAAGGAGGGGCUAAAAAGACCUUGCUUUGAGCAAAUCCCGAACUCCGCGUGUCAUUGGUCUGCCAGAUGCCCCCAGUGUAAAGGAAGUAUCACCAGGGAAACUUGUAGUCGCUACACUAACAUGCAUGUGCUCGGUUCUUCGUUAUUUUUAAACACCCGUCGCUUCCUGCACUGAGCGAGGAUCCAGGCAGAAUCAUCCCUGGGAUUGGCUGUAGAACUUCUGCUGGCUUGAACCUCUUCAGUAAUGUUCUCGUCUUCUCUUCCACAGUUAUAUUGCAAAGCCUUUGCAAAGAUGGGGGACGACAAGCCUUUUGUGUGCAGUGCUCCUGGCUGUGGGCAGAUUUGUCUGGUAAUCCAUCUGUUCAUCUGUGUGGCUUUGUAGAGGUUUACUAAUGAGGACCACCUGGCUGUUCAUAAACACAAACAUGAAAUGACGCUGAAGUUUGGACCCGUUAGAACGGACUCCGUCAUCAUUGCAGACCAGACGCCGACUCCCACUCGUUUCCUGAAAAACUGUGAAGAGGUGGGCCUGUUCAAUGAGCUGGCCAGCUCGUUCGAGCAGGAGUUCCCCAAGGCCCAGGAAGAUGAGGACAAGAGGGCCAAGAACCCGUUGCCUGCUCCUAAUUCAGGAGCACUUGACAUGAGUUUGCAGACGCCUUCAGACAUUAAGGUGAAGGAGGAGGACCCUGUGGAGGUGGACUCUUCUCCGCCUGCCAGCCCUGACUCCAUCUCCAGCAUGUCAGACAGCAGCAGAGAGCCCGUCAGCAGAGGAAAGAAUUCUCCUCUUAAGCCUGCCGUGAGUUCGGCUCCCACCCCUGCCAUAGUGCGUCCUGGCUCCCUCCCACUGCACCUGGGUUAUGACGGCCUGCAGCCCACCAUGCCCUCCCCUACCUCUGUCAUCACACACACCCCACCAUCCAACCGCACACUGGGAUCUCCCACAGUGCCGUACCCAAUGAUGAUGCUUCCCAAUGGUCAAACAGUUCCUGUGCUUCCAGGUCCUAUGCAGAUGCCCUCUGUAAUAUCUCUGGCGAGGCCCCUGUGUAUGGUGCCCAACAUUCCAGGAAUUCCCGGCCCUCCACUAGGGGGCAGCAGCAGCGGCUCGUCUUCACCCUCAGGCUAUUACCCCCACAAUGAGGCAAAGAUGAGGUUGAAGGCAGCAUUAUCUCAGCAGAUGCCCACAGCUCAGGGUUGCCUUGGUGUGGCGAUGGGGUCCAGUGCGAUGGUCCCUCAGAGAGUGGAGCAAAGCCAGCUGCUGGUCCAGCAUCCAGACGCCCCGUCCCCUGCUCAGCCACAGGUGUCACCCGCUCAGCCCACCGGAGGUCGCCGGCGGAGGACGACUGAUGACGACCCUGAUGAGAGGAGGCAGCGCUUCCUGGAGCGGAACCGGGCUGCAGCCUCUCGUUGCAGACAGAAGCGCAAGAUAUGGGUCAGCUCUCUGGAGAAGAAGGCCGAAGAACUCUCCUCCAUCAACGUCUCGCUGUCGAACGAGGUGUCUCAUCUGCGAAACGAAGUUGCUCAUCUGAAGCAGUUGCUGUUAGCUCACAAAGACUGUCCCGUCACCAACCUCCAGAAGAAAGCCGUCUACUUGGGAGAGGAGCACAUGAAAGAGACGUCUGAGCCCACGGGCUCCCCGGCACCGGUCAUUCAGCACAGCUCUCUGGCCCCCAGCCCAUCAUCUGCGGUAGGCCCCAACGGCCUGAACUCCCGCGCUGCAGCCGAGGCGGUGGCCAUGUCAGUGCUGGCAGGGAUGGGCAGCCAACGAGGGGAGAGUGGUGGCCCGUCACACGUCAUCAUGGCCACACAGUCCCACCCAUCCAACAGAUGAUGACAGCAGGUAACAGUCUGCCUGGGACUCUCUGCAUCCCGGGAGAGGGGGGCAGAUCUGCCAGAGGAGAAUGCUGGUUCCCUCUCAUGCCAUCACGCUCUGGCCUGGAGCUCAGCUGCAUUCUGGGAAUGAAACUGGGACUAUGUACACAUAUAGAGAGAGACAGAAGGAGAUUGUCGUUCACUAUGCCAUAGACUACGGGGGCUGGACUCCAAACCAUGCUCUCAUUUGCAUCCUCUGUAACUCCUGCUCCUUCCUUCAACUUCCUCCUGCUCCUUCACUGGCUGUAGGGCUGCAAAGCACUUCCUGUCAUUAAAUGUAUCACCACAGACACACGCUGCAAUAAAGACAUUGUUCGUGUGAACCGUGACUGAGCACCCGGUGUAUGUCACGAGUUGCGACGAUGCAAUACUUUAUAUAUUCUUAUAUAUAUAUAUGUAUCAGUAAGUGUGUGUUUGAGAGAAACAUGAUGCUUUAAUGUUCUGUAGGAUCUUCUACCUUGCUAUUUUACAGCAGGUUUUUAGUUUUCUGGUGGCCAUCCCCCUCAUCUGACCCGCGCUCAUCUUACCUCAUUUUUAAUCUGUUAUAUACGUUUAUAAUCAACGUGUGCAUGUGUGCUUCUCGUGUGGGUGUACAAUGAUGUACAAUGGAAGAUAGCAGUUUGUAAAGGACUGAUACACUAAGACUGCCUUGUUAGCAUGCAAACUUUUUGCUAUAUAUAAACUGUAUUUUAUUGGCACAUUGUGUUCAGUUUGGGCUAUGGAACCUCAUAGUUUGGUCCUAUCAUUGUUUUCUUGUGUACGACAAACUCAGAAACAGCAAACGGCAUACUGUCCGAGGUCAUUAUGUACGAUGAGGACGCUUGUGUUGAGAAAUCAAUAGAUUAACUGUUUUAAAUGAUGUUAUUUCUUUUCCCUGUGAUCACAGUGUUUUAAAUGCAGCUUUAGAUAGAGUUAUGUUGAGCCUAAAGUAGUCUGAGACUUUUUUUUGCCCCGUCUUUUUCUUUUUUAUAACUUUUUUGUCUAUCUCUGCUGCUGUGUUCUUUAUGGAGUCCCAUUUCUGCUACAUAAGAGGGAUAAAAACAUGCUUUGGUAAAUAAUUAUUCGAUAAAACGUCAAUAUUAUUAGAUACGUAGUCAUUAUGAGAUAAAACAUCAAACAUAUGCAUACCAAGUAUGACAUGCAUAAUUAUAAGCUUAAAAAGUAGACUAUAGAGCAUAAACGCCAUGAUGUAAAAAACAUAACAGAGAUGGUCAAAAUUAAAAUUAUGUAAAAGUACAUUAAAUACGUAUUUUUUUUUUUUUACUUUUAUCCCAUAAUUAUGACUUCUGAAGUAUGUCAUAACAAUUCAUAAAAGUAAAAAAUGGCCCCCAAAAAUUGAUAAAAUUCACAAUUAUGUCAGAAAUCAGAACAAAUGAAAAGUCAUAAUUAUUUUCUCAUAAGGAUGACUUAGUAUGUCAAGAUUUUUUUUUUUUUUUUUUUACAAUUUCAUAAUUUCAUGAUAUCGUCUUUAGAAUAAAGACUUAUCUCACUAUCUAAAAAUUUUGACUAUAUAUAUAUAUAUAUACAUUUAUGAAUUAUUAUUAUAAUUAUUUUUUGUGGCAGAAAUUGGCUUCCAUUUUGCUCAAUUUACAGAAAUUCAGACCUAGUGCCUCCCGUUCAGUUAUUUUCACGAUUACCUGACUGUUAAAGUUGAUAUCACCAUGCUUUGUAACACUAUUUGUUUCUUCGGUUGUUUAUCAACUCAUUAACAUGCACAAUCCCUUAUAACUAUAUGAAGAGAUGGGGAUUCUGCCUUAUUAAUCACACGAGUGCCUCUUUAUUGGUUAACCUCACUCUGUGUCGCUGAGACAACUGAUCACCUAGCAUAUUCAGGCAUCUGUACCAUCAGACCUGGGGUAAUGAAUUAACAGUAAUGCCUUUUAAUAACUAUCAGAGAGCACUGCCCUUAAUUCUAAGCAUAUUCUAUACUGCCAUCUGGAUGUAAUAGGGUGCUAUUACAUGUAACUAGAAAGGCUGCAGGGAGCAAAGAGUGUCCAAUUCUACUGUUGUUUGAAUGCUUUUAUCUCUACUAAGAUGUUUAUCCAAACACAUGCUCUUUUAACGCAAUAUCAGACACUUUAAAAUAUAUAUAUAAGGGACUUCGAUGUACUGUUGUUGCUCAAUGUAUGUAACUUGAACUUUUUCAAUAUUAACACAAUGACAGUUAACACAACGUCAGUCCAAACUGUAUAUAGGCCUGUCAGAAUGCACUAAAAAAAACAUUGCGUUCUUUUUUCCAGUUUGGUGUCUCUAGUCUUUUAAAUAGCAUGUCAAAGUUACCACUUAACCGAUAUCUCCCAAAUGACUCCUGGUUUAAGUGUUGACCCUGGCUUUUGUGUUCUGUUAUCUGCUGGCACUGUAGUUGUUCAGCCAAACCCAUGUAGAGGACUGUUGAUCUGAAAUGAGCAGAAUGGAGAAUUUUUAGCUUCACUGGCACUUUUUUUCAUUGUACGCUGCCAGGCCUAUAGAAAUAACCUAUUACAAUAAAUCUUUGUGUGUGUGUGUGUGUGUGUGUGUGUGUUGUAAGACAGAAAAGUAGAAAUUCUUUUGUAAUUUUUUUUCUCUUUCUAUUUCUAUUUUGUGUUCUUCUAACACUUUGUACUCAAAUAUUUGUAAGUAUUUUUAUUUGUAUAGAUUAAUAAGAAUGCUCGUUUGAUUCCCCCUUUUACUGAUAAUCACUUUAAAGUUGUACCAAAUUUCUGAUGGACUUAAUGAUCCAUAAUUCCAACAUGAUGCACAAUUAAUUUAUUACGGAAUUAGUUCAUGCAAGGUGAAUUCAAUGCAGUUUCCCUUAGAUAGACUUAACAAAACAAAAGUCAUUUUGAAUAGGAUGAUUUUAGGCCAAAGAUAAAAGAGGAUAUUGUGGAAAUAAAAGUUGUUUUAAGUGUAUGUGUUUUAUGGGAAAUAACCUCACUCCAAGUUGGACUGAUAGUUUUUGGAAUUGUCCUGGUCAUGUACAUAUGUGUACCAUAUAUAUUUACUAUUUUUCAUGCAUGCUGAAGUGAAAUAUUCUGAACACAGUGCUGCAGAUUUGAUUAAACAAAAAACAAAACAAAACAAA